AACAACAUGGCCGCCCUCACAUGUAAACAUGCGACUCUUGUGUGCUAGUUAGUAACCGCAGAUAAAACAUGUUCAUAGCGUUCAUUCCUCAUUGUUUCGUAUGCCAUUGAGUAUUUCGACAGUAAUUACCAGUCCUUAGUUGUUGCCAGACUGCACUUGAGUGUACGUGUGUUUCCGAGCCUGCAGUAGCGUUAUCUGUCAGAGCCAUGCCUGCCCAGACCUUGUUCGUGGGUUCGUUACCAGCCUCGGCCACGAACGAGCGGCUAGAGGAAAUAUUCUCGGAGAUCGGCCCAAUAAAGCAAUGCUUCGUGGUCAGAGAAAAAGGCGAAGAAAAAUGUCGGGGUUUUGGCUUCGUCACGUAUUCGAUGGAAGAAGACGCGCAGCGAGCCCUGAAAGAAAUACAAGAAUACGACGGAAAGAAGCUGUCUCUCACCUUGGCGAAGAAGAAAAUUAAUGACAGAGAGAAAAGAAAAGAAAAGAAAACAGUUAAAGAGACGCCUAAAGAGACACCUAAAGAGACACCUAAAGAGACACCGCAGGAAAACGAGCAGAAAACCAAAGGCAUCAGGAAGCAACUGCUGAAAUCCAAACUCAUCAUAAGAAAUCUCAGUUUUAAGUGCACAGAAGAGGAUCUAAAAGAUGUAUUUGGGAAGUUUGGAGCAGUUCUUGAAGCCAAAAUACCCCUUAAACCUGACGGCAAGAUGCGUGGAUUUGCGUUUGUCCUGUUUAAAACUAUGUCUGGAGCUGCAAAAGCACUUGAGGCUAUGAAUCUGAAAGAGAUAAAAGGUCGACAGGUAGCAGUUGACUGGGCUAUACCAAAAGACAAGUAUAUCGCCUCACAACAGCCCUCAGGUUCAGAUAAUAAUACAAAGGAGGCAGAUGUCAAAACUGAAAGUGACACUGAAGACGAGGAUGAAGAAAAGACACAAGCUGCAUCUGAGAACAAAAAAGUUGGUUUGAAAGCAGCUGAGAAGCAGGUUGAAGAAUCUCAGUCAAGUGAAGAAGAUAACGAUGAGGAACAAGAGAGUGAAGAAGAUGAUUCUGACGACGACCAAGAUGAGGAGGAGGAUGAUGCGAGUGGUCUUGAUUCAGAUGAUGAUCGAGAUGAAAGUGAAGAUGAAGAUGAAGAUGAGGAGCAAGAUAAGCCAGCUCUAAAGAAAACAUCCAAGAAACCUCUGCCUUCAGAUGUGAAAGAAGGCCGAACUAUUUUCAUCAGGAACUUAUCCUUUGACACAGAAGAGGAAGGCCUCGAGGAAGUCCUCCUUCAGUAUGGAGAGCUUAACUAUAUAAAGAUAGUUAUCCACCCAGAUACAGAACAUUCAAAAGGUGUUGCGUUUGCACAGUUUAAGACUAAAGAGGCUGCUGACAAAUGCAUGGCUGCAGCACAAGAUGAGGCAGAGAAUGGUGGCAUCCGUGUGGAUGGAAGAAAACUGGUGAUUCUUGCUGCAGUGACCCGAGAAGAUGCUGCGAACCUGAAGGUCAAAAAGACCAAAGUGGAGACGGGCACCAGGAACCUGUAUCUGGCCAGAGAGGGAUUGAUCCGUGCUGGAACCAAGGCUGCAGAGGGGGUAUCUGAGGCAGACAUGACCAAAAGAACCAGAUUUGAGGAAAUGAAAAGGGCCAAGCUGCGUGACAUUAACGUGUUUGUGUCAAAGAAUCGUCUGUGUAUCCAUAACCUGCCCAAGUCGGUGGACGAUAAAAAACUCAGAGAGCUCUGUCUUCAAUCUGUAAAGGGAAAGAAAGUCAAAGGAGUUCGCAUACCAGAGUGUCGGGUCAUGUAUGACAGGAAGCCAGAGAAGGGUCAGGUGAUGGGGCAGUCGUUAGGUUAUGGCUUUGUUCAGUUCCAGGACCAUGAGAGAGCUCUCACCUGUCUUCGCUACCUCAACAACAAUCCUGACAUUUUUGGUCCACAAAAGAGACCCAUUGUUGAGUUUUCUCUGGAGGAUUCAAGGAAGCUCAAAAUAAAAGAAAUGCGACGACAACAAAACAAGGAUUUCCUCAGAAAUCAGUCUUUGAAGGGAGCGCGGAAACCUUGGUCCAAAACAUCUGGAGAAGGCAAAGGGCCAAAGACUGGGGGCAAUAAAUCACAGACUUUACCAGAGCUGACAGGAAAGAAGAGAGGUAAUUCUGAAAGACAACAACAAGAUGGGCACUAUUCAGGGUUUGCGACCAACCCUGAAGUCGCGCACAUCGAACUGCAGAAUGGAAAAAAGCGAAGGAAGGUCUUACCUUUCCCUUCCCAUCGGGGAGCUAAGAUCAGACUGCGUGAUAAAGGAAAGCAGCAGGCUCCGCCUCCCAAGAAAGCAGGGCUUGGAUCCAAAAGGAAAGAGCAUCAAAGACGGCAGAUUGAGAAGCCAAUGCUGUCCAGAAAGCAGAGUGUUAAAAGUGCUAAAAACCAGUUUAAGAGGAGAGAUGGAGACCGCUUCGACAGUCUGGUGGAGCAGUACAAGAAGAAACUGAUGGGCAGUGGCAACAGCGCAACAGUCAAAAGAAACAAGUGGUUUGAUGCUUAAUCGUGUGUGUGUGUAGGUGUGUAGGUGUGUGUGGGGGUGUGUGUGUGUGUGUGUGUAAGGAAGACAUUUGAAGGGAGACAAUAUUUCACAUCCUAUGGUUCCAGAAUAAAUAACAUUCUUUUAAAUAGUUUCAAACUAUACAGAAAUAAAAUGUCCAUUGUAGUUACUAUCAGUCAGCUAGUUCGUUUUUCUGUAUUUUUAUAAGCCAUGUUCAUUUAUUUUUCUCUUUUUUUUUUAACAAUUGUAUGAAGUAUAAUGUGUAAGAACUUUUUUUCAGGCAUGGCUUUUUAUGAAAAAUAUUGUAUUAAAUCCAUUUUGCUACCCUGGAGACACAAGUGUAUCAGAACACACAUUAACUCGACCCCUGUGUUGUAAUACUUUAUGUAUGAUUUUUCUCGACUCAUUAGGCUACACAGACAAGCAGGAGAAAGUUUUAGGUUGAAGAUGAAUAGUUUUAUUUAAAAAUAAUCUUAAAAAAUACUUUCAGCAUUUACAAAAAAUAUUCAGAAUAUUAAUAGAGGCUAAAAAUAGCCAUUUUGUAACAGUCAUUGAUAUUGCACAUGAGUAAAAGUCCCUUCAGCCCUCCUGCCCCUUUAGUUCUGACAAAUACAUUUGUUAUUGCUGGCAAAGGGUCAACCUGGUUCUUAGGAAUUUCCAGGGAUGACUGUGCUGUUCACGAAAUCAUCUCUAGUUGCAGUCAGGAUCAAACUGCAGGAUGUAAUAAAUAAAAAGUAGUGCAGUGGUGCCGUGAUACAGUCCCAUCACCAUCCGGUACGGCUACGUGAGAUACGUUGAACAGUUGUUUUUUUUUAACUUUUGUGAAAACUACAUUCAUUCUGCAAACAUACGUCAUGAAGCCAGGUGUCACUGGCCCAUACUUAAAUAACUUAAAAUCAAAACUGUAAACAAUUGGAUCAAAAACAUUUAAAUACUAAUAUAAAAUACUAAAAUACUAAAUGCGCGUUGUUCAGCAGUCAAGGCGUUCCGGUUCGUUCAGGAGCAGCAUAACAACCUCAUUAAUUCUCAGGAGAGCCUUUUGGCUCACAGUGUCUUCUGAGUCCUGGUUUUGGAUCUUGAAAAGCGGCAGGUCCGGUGUUGGAAACUUUGGUCCUUCAUAACUGCAAGGCAGCUUAGAGAUGCAGUCAAUCAGGUCAGAGGUGUCCGACUUUAUUUGAACAUGGCCCACAAAGUUGGGAGAGAUCCAGUUUUCGUAAUCCAUCAAGAAAUUUGCGAUGGAUGAAGAGCCAUGCAGUUGAUCAGUCACCGCAGGAAGUGUCAGCUCUUCGAGGUCCUGCACCGCAAGCAGAAGAAGAAUGUGAUACAGUCAAAGAUGUACCAGUUCAAGCACUGUGCGUUCUGCAUUUAUAAAUGGAACUUAGAUUUUUACCUUCAUUUGGUUCAGCCGAUCCAGCAGCUUAUUGGCUGCUGUUGCCACUUCUGAUCUGAUCUGCUCCACUUGGUCUGGUAGAGGAGCUGCUCUUCCCAUGUUACAAACUUGAAAUAGACAGAUGAGGAGCACUAGAGCGCAGUUCAUGUUGGAUUUGUGUGUCCAGAUGUGUAGAGUAUAGAACAGCAAGGGUUCCUAGGACAGGAAUGAAAAAUAAGAUGAUCGGAGUUAAUGACUAUGUAUGACUUUUUGACAUUAAAUAUUUUCUUUUUACUGUU